UAACUUGUUUAUUUGCAGACGUAUUCUGGACUUUUCUGCGUAGUUGUAAAUCCAUAUAAAAAACUGCCCAUCUACACUGAAAAAGUAAUAGAGCUUUACAAAGGCAAAAAGCGUCAUGAAGUACCGCCUCACAUAUUUGCUGUUACCGAUGGAGCAUACAGAAGUAUGCUACAAGAUCGGGAGGAUCAAUCUAUAUUGUGCACGGGAGAAUCUGGUGCUGGGAAAACUGAAAAUACCAAGAAAGUCAUACAAUAUCUUGCCUUUGUUGCCUCAUCAAAACCUCGUUCCUCAUCUGCUUCUCAUUCCUAUAAUGUCCCACCUAAUAUAAUUGGUGAACUCGAGCAGCAGCUUCUACAGGCUAAUCCAAUUCUUGAAGCUUUUGGUAAUGCCAAGACUGUAAAAAAUGACAACUCUUCCAGAUUUGGGAAGUUUAUUAGGAUAAACUUUGAUGCAUCUGGGUUCAUUGCUGGAGCUAAUAUUGAAACUUAUUUGUUAGAGAAAUCUCGUGCCAUUCGUCAAGCAAAAGAUGAACGUUCUUUUCAUAUUUUUUAUCAGUUGCUGCAAGGAUCCACACCUGAGCAAAAAAAGAGCUUCCUUCUUGAGGAUUCAAAGAACUACACAUUUUUAUCAAAUGGACACGUAGCAGUUCCAGGUUUUGAUGAGGUUGCGGAAUUUAGAAGCACAUGCAAUGCCAUGUCUAUCAUGGGACUACAUACUGAAGAUUUAAACGCAAUAUUCAAAGUAGUGUCUGCCGUAUUGUUAUUUGGAAACAUGAAAUUCAAACAAGAAAGAAACUCGGAUCAAGCAACAUUGCCUGAUAACACAGUAGCUCAAAAACUUAGCCAUUUGCUAGGUUUGAAUGUAACUGAAAUGACAAAAGCUUUUCUGAAGCCUCGCCUUAAAGUUGGAAGAGACUAUGUCACAAAAGCUCAGACUAAGGAACAGGCUGAGUUUGCUGUGGAAGCUAUUAGUAAGGCCUGCUAUGAGAAAAUGUUCAAGUGGUUGGUGACAAGAAUCAACAGGUCUCUUGAUCGUACAAAAAGACAAGGUGCUUCUUUCAUUGGUAUACUUGAUAUUGCUGGAUUUGAAAUUUUUGAGCUAAAUUCCUUUGAACAACUUUGCAUAAAUUACACAAAUGAAAAGUUGCAACAAUUGUUUAAUCAUACAAUGUUUGUACUUGAGCAAGAAGAAUACCAAAGAGAGGGUAUUGAAUGGCGGUUCAUUGAUUUUGGCUUAGAUUUGCAGCCUACAAUUGACUUAAUUGAAAAGCCUAUGGGAAUAUUGGCUUUACUUGAUGAAGAGUGUUGGUUCCCCAAAGCGACUGACAGAACUUUUGUUGAUAAAUUAGAAAGUGCUCAUGCCAUGCACCCUAAAUUUGUUAAGUCUGAUUUCCGAGGCAACUGUGAUUUUAGCAUCAUUCAUUAUGCUGGAAAAGUGAAUUACCUUGCAAAUCAGUGGUUAAUGAAGAAUAUGGAUCCUUUGAAUGAUAAUGUUGUAUCCUUAUUACAAGCUUCUCAAGAUCCAUUUGUCGUGCAAAUAUGGAAAGAUGCUGAUAUUGUUGGAAUGGGAGUAGCAACUUUAGGUGAUACUACGUUUGGUGCCAGAACUAGGAAAGGAAUGUUUAGAACUGUCAGUCAACUCUAUAAGGAGCAACUUUCUAAACUGAUGGUUACUCUACGUAAUACUAAUCCCAACUUUGUGAGGUGCAUCAUACCAAAUCAUGAAAAGAAAGCUGGCAAAAUUGAAGCAUUGUUGGUGUUAGAUCAGUUGAGAUGUAAUGGAGUUUUGGAAGGUAUUCGUAUUUGCCGUCAAGGUUUCCCUAACAGGAUACCAUUCCAAGAAUUUAGACAAAGAUAUGAAUUGCUUACUCCAAAUGCCAUACCAAAAGGAUUCAUGGAUGGAAAAUUAGCAUGCGAAAAAAUGAUUCAAGCUUUGGACUUAGAUCCCAAUUUGUACCGUGUAGGUCAAAGUAAAAUAUUCUUCAGAGCCGGAGUUCUUGCCCACUUGGAAGAAGAAAGAGACAUGAAAAUUUCGGAUUUGAUUGUUCAAUUUCAAGCUUGUUGUCGUGGUCUAAUUGCCAGAAGGAAUUAUCAGAAACGAUUACAGCAGCUUAGUGCCAUUAGAAUCAUCCAAAGAAAUUGCUCUGCUUAUCUUAAAUUGAGAAAUUGGUCUUGGUGGCGACUUUAUACUAAAGUCAAACCAUUACUUCAAGUUACUAAGCAAGAAGAGAAACUUAAUGAAAAGGAAGAUGAAUUAAGACAAGUUAAGGAAAAAAUGGAAAAAGUCGAACAAGUAACAACAGAAGUGGAAAAGAAGCUUCAACAGGUCCUAGAAGAGAAGAACACACUAGCUGAGCAGCUUCAAGCCGAAACAGAAUUAUCUGCUGAAGCUGAAGAAAUGAGAGUGAGACUAGCUGCAAGAAAGACUGAACUGGAAGAAAUUUUACAUGACCUUGAAGCUCGAAUUGAAGAAGAGGAAGAAAAGACUCAAACUUUGACUACUGAAAAAAAGAAGCUGCAGUUAAACAUACAAGAUUUAGAAGAACAAUUAGAAGAAGAGGAAGGUGCAAGACAAAAGCUACAAUUGGAAAAAAUUAGUUUAGAUUCAAAACUUAAAAAAAUUGAAGAAGACUUUGCAGUCCUUGAAGAUAGUAAUCAAAAGGUUGUAAAAGAGAAAAAGACUUUGGAAGAAAGAUUAGGUGAAGUUUCACAAGCCUUGGCUGAAGAAGAGGAAAAAAGUAAGCAUCUAGCUAAGCUUAAAGCUAAACAAGAAGCUACUAUUGUUGAUAUAGAAGAACGUCAUAGAAAAGAACAACAAGCACGACAAGAAUUGGAACGUGUAAAACGACGCACAGAAACUGAAUUAAAUGAUGUAAAAGAACAGCUGAAUGAGAAAAAGGCUCAAGUUGAAGAGCUUCAGCAGCAGCUAGGUAAAAGAGAAAAUGAAUUGAAUCAAGUAUUAUCCAAAGUUGAAGAGGAAGCUGCUGCAAAAGCUCAAGCUUUGAAAAACUUGAGAGAACUGGAGGGCCAAGUUUCUGAGCUUCAAGAGGAUCUUGAAUCAGAGAGACUUGCUCGAGCUAAAGUUGAAAAGCUCAAACGGGAUUUGAAUGAAGAAUUGGAAGCACUGCGAACGGAAUUGUUAGAUUCUGAAGAAAGUACUGCUGCCCAAGAAGAUUUGAGAACCAAGAGAGAGCAAGAGUUGGCUCACUUAAAGAAAACUCUAGAAGACGAGACUUCUGCCCACGAAUCCCAGAUUGUUGACUUAAGACAAAAACAUAAUUCCGCUUUAGAAAAUUUGAAUGAGCAAUUAGAUUCUCUAAGAAAAGCUAAAGCUUCUUUAGAGAAAUUUAAAGCAAAUCUUGAAGUUGAGAAAGCAGAAUUAGCAAAUGAAGUAAAUGCCUUGUCCACAUCAAGACAAGAUUCUGAAAGGAAGAGAAAACAGUUAGAAUUACAGUUACAAGAAAUGACUGCCAAAUUAGCUGAUGUAGAUAAGAGUAGAGUUGAUAAUACGGAACGAGCACUGAAACUUCAAGCUGAGUUAGAAUCAGUGACUGCUGAGCUUGAAGAUCUUGAAACAAAAGCCUCAGCUGCAAUAAAGCAAGCUGCAGUUCUGCAAAGUCAGUUAGCUGAAUCUCAAGACCUUCUCCAAGAAGAAACAAGGCAAAAACUUGCCAUUAAUUCUCGUUUGAGGCAAAUCGAAAGCGAAAAGAAAAGUUUGCAGGAACAAUUGGAUGAGGAAGAAGAAGCCAAGAAAAACUUCGAGAAACAAGCAUCUAUUUUAACUCUACAAUUGCAAGACAUGAAGAAACGUGCUGAUGAGGAAGCACAGCAGGUUAUUGCAUUGGAAGAGAUCAGAAAGAAACAGGCCAAAGAUCUUGAGCAACUUCAAAGGCAACUUGAAGAGAUGCAGGCUGCCGAAGACAAACUUCAAAAGUCUAAGAAAAAGCUUCAAUCGGAGGUAGAAGAUUUGAAUAUGGAAUUGGAAAGCCAAAGGACUAAAGUCUCAGAAUUGGAGAAAAAGCAGAGGAAGUUCGAUCAAUUGCUUGCUGAAGAAAAAGCAGUAUCAGAAAGAAUUGCACAAGAAAGAGAUAAUGCUGAAAGGGAAUCCAGGGAAAAAGAGACCAAGAUAUUAUCCUUGAUUCGAGAUUUGGAAGAUAGCCAAGAUAAGCUGGAGGAAUUGGAAAGGAUGCGCAAACAACUGCAAAUGGAACUGGAUGAACUUGUUAAUAGUCAAGGCACAGCUGAUAAAAAUGUUCAUGAAUUGGAAAAAGCUAAAAGAGCUUUGGAAAGUCAACUUGCUGCUCAGAAAGCUCAAAUUGAAGAACUGGAGGACGAUAUGCAACUUACUGAAGAUGCCAAACUUCGCCUUGAAGUAAAUAUGCAAGCCAUGAAAGCUCAAUUUGAUAGAGAUCUGCAGGCAAAGGAUGAUCAGGCAGAAGAAAAAAGGAGAUCCUUAUUAAAACAAAUCAGAGAUUUAGAGUCAGAGCUUGAGGAUGAAAGGAAACAGAGGACUGCUGCAAUCAGUGCCAGGAAGAAAGUUGAAGGAGACUUUAAAGACAUGGAACAGCAACUAGAAAUGGCCAAUAAAGUUAAAGAAGAUGCUUUGAGGCAGUUGAAAAAAUUACAGAGCCAAUUAAAGGACUAUCAACGUGAUGCUGAAGCCGAUCAUGCUGCCAAAGAAGAGCUUACUCUGCAGCUGAAGGAAAUUGAAAAGAAGGUGAAGUCAAUGGAGGCUGAAAUGAUUCAACUACAAGAAGAUCUUGCCAACUCUGAAAGAAUUAGAAGAGCAGUUGAAGCUGAAAGAGAUGAACUGCAGGAAGAAAUCAAUACUACUGCUUCCAGAAGUUCUCUGCUACAAGAUGAGAAGCGAAGAUUGGAUGCCCGAAUACAACAAUUAGAAGAGGAGCUUGAAGAAGAACAAAGCAAUUCUGAAAUUCUCAUGGAUAAGGCUCGUAAAGCACAAGGACAGAUUGAACAGAUGUCUAAUGACUUAGCAAAUGAAAGAGCUAAUUCACAGAAACUAGAAAAUAACAGAAUGAUUCUCGAGAGACAAAACAAAGAGCUACGUGCCAAAUUGCAAGAUUUAGAGACUUCUCAAAGAACAAGAACAAAAGCUACAAUUGCUGCCUUAGAAGCUAAAGUUUCACAGGCUGAAGAACAGUUAGAAUUAGAAGCAAAAGAAAGACAGGCUUUGGGUAAAAAUAAUAGAAAAUUAGAGAAGAGACUUAAAGAAAUUUUAAUGCAAUUGGAGGAUGAAAGAAGGCAUACUGACCAAUAUAAAGAACAGGUAGAGAAAACAAAUGCAAGAGUAAAAGCACUUAAACGUCAGUUGGAUGAAUCUGAAGAAGAAUGUUCUCGAGAAAAGGCUCAAAGAAGAAAAGCUCAAAGAGAAAUUGAAGACUUAAUAGAAGCUAAUGCUACCCUUAAUCGAGAAACUUCUUCCUUAAAAAAUAAACUUAGGCGAGGUGGACCAGGAGCUGGACUUGCAUCGGCUCGUAGCUUAAUGAAACGAGGGUCUUUGAGUUCGAGCACUGAUGAUGGGUUAAUACUUCCCGAUGAAUCCUUAAAUGAUGACAGUCAAGCAUAACCAGUUAUAUGAACUGUACCAACUAUCUUUAAUUGUCAUGCAUAGAAAUCUUUUAGUGACCAGUGUUAUUUUCCUGAAAAGAAAGAAACUGAGAUUGCAAUGUGGUGCUGUUUAGAGAAUAGUUGAUAUUUAUUAUGAGGCACUUUUACAAAAUCUUUUGCGAGUGCUACAAAAUAUGCAUUUAUUGACUUUGCAAUUGAAAUCUGUAAAUUGAAAAUUUCCAUUUUGUAAGGAAAAAAAAUAAUUUUAUUUUUCGUCAAUGUUUCUUUGUAUUGUUAUUUUUAUAUGAAAAAGUUUAUAAGCAAAAGAAACUUGUAAUAUGUACUAUACAAAACGCUUUUGUUACUGUU